AUGUCGAAGCAGGACAAGUUGCGGUACAAGGAGCUCAAGCGGCACCAAUACAUGGACUCCAUCAAUCGUGUGAAAGAGUUCGUAAAAACGUUCACAAGUGAACAACAAAAUCAAGUGUCGACGCGACUCGAUCGUUUGGAAAAGAUUUGGGAAUCUUUUGAAACAGUGCAAAAAGACAUCGAAGAUUUGGAAAUCUCCGAGGAAGGCGUUGCAACUAAUGCGCGUAUUAGAGCAGAAAUGGAGGAAACGUAUUUGUACGCAAAGGCGCAAUUGCGUAUGGUAUUGGUUGUUGUCGAUGCAUACGGAAAAGAACACUUAGCGCGAGCAUUGCUGGACAACGGAUCGCAGCCGAACGCGAUCAGUGAACAUCUUUGUCAGCUUUUACGACUACCACGAAAGCCCGCUAGCGUUUCAAUUGCUGGUGUGGACAGCACUACCACCAAUGCAAAGCACAUAAAAGUAACGCAGAACAUUCCGUCAACGUCGUUUUCUACUGCUGCCGUCGGCGUUCCUUCGAACUACGUUCUGGCCGAUCCAGAUUUCGGGACCGCGCGGCGCGUGGAUAUGAUCAUCGGUGCAGCAUAUUUCUAUUCGUUGCUGCGUGGUGGACAAGUGCAUUUGCCAAACCAGCGAAACGUUCUCAUCGACACGGUGUUUGGCUGGCUCGUAGCAGGAGAUACACCGACCUUUCAUGAAUCGCAAUCGCAAACAACAAUUAGUUGUCACAUGAUGGAGGCAACCGACAAACUACAAGAACAGCUGGAGCGAUUUUGGAAGGUCGAAGAGCUUGCUAUAACAUCAUUGUCUCCUGUUGAACAACAUUGCGAGCAGUACUUCAAGCAGACGACGAAUCGAGAUGACACCGGCAGAUACGUCGUUCGCAUGCCGAAACACCACGACUACGCUCAGAUGCUUGGCGAUUCGAAGGCUGCAGCCCAGAAGCGCUUUCGGUUGUUGGAACAGAGGCUGGCUAAAGACAUGCAUCUGAAGCAGCAGUACGAUGACUUCAUGCGAGAAUACGUGACGCUGGGUCACAUGUUUCCUGUGCCGGUUGAAGAGGACAGCAUGGCUGCAGUUCACUACUUGCCGCAUCAUCCGGUGGUGAAAGAGUCCAGCACGACGACCAAGGAAACAGAAGUUGUGCAAACUUUUGAGUUGGCAACGGUGACGUAUGGUCUGGCUCCAUCGUCAUUCCUAGCAACACGUACGCUACUUCAACUAGCUGAGGAUGAAGGCGCUCCUUAUCCUUUGGCAACUGAAGCCGUAAAGAAGAACUUGUACGUGGACGAUCUGAUCUCCGGCGCAGAAAGCAUUGAGCAAGCAAUUCAACUUCGUGACGAACUGACCAGUCUCAUGAGUAAGGGAGGUUUCAGGUUCCGAAAAUGGUGCUCAAACGAGUUGAGUGUGCUUGAUGGGUUGACACCUGAUCUGCUUGGAACAACAGCAUCCCAUGAAUUCGAAGCAGCCGCAAAUGUCAAGACGCUUGGCAUAUGUUGGGAACCACCAAACGAUGUAUUCCGUUUCACGAUUGCUAUCCCUGAUGUACGACCCUGCACGAAACGUACAGUGCUAUCUACGAUUGCCCAGCUGUACGAUCCGCUUGGCUUGCUAUCGCCUAUCAUCGUGCAAGCAAAAAUCCUCUUACAGGAACUUUGGGCAAACAAACUCGGUUGGGAUGACGAAUUGCCGCGGCAAUUGUGUGACAAAUGGGAAGAGUUUUGCGAACAGCUCCCCAUGCUAGCUCAUUUCAAGAUCCCGAGAUUUGCUUUGACACCCAACUAUAACUAUGUAGAGCUGCAUUGUUUUGCAGACGCAUCAGAAGCAGCUUAUGGUGCGUGUGCCUACCUGAGAUCGCAAAGCAUCGACGGCACAACCCAAGUAACGCUGCUAGCUUCUAAAUCGAGAGUGGCUCCUCUCAAACCGCUUACCAUCCCUAGACUGGAACUAUGCGCAGCCUUGCUAGCUGCCAGAUUACAGCAGAAACUAAUAUCAGCCAUUGACAUGGCAGUAAACGAAACACAUAUGUGGUCCGAUUCAACCAUCACGCUGCAAUGGCUUGCAGCACCACCUAGAACGUGGAAAACUUUCAUCGCAAACCGAGUAGGAGAGAUACAAGCUGCUACCAAUGGAUGCAUUUGGCAUCAUGUGCCAGGGAUCGAGAACCCUGCCGACAUGCUAUCCAGAGGUGUUUCUGCGGAAUUGCUUUUGGAAAGCAACAUGUGGAUGCAUGGACCAGAUUGGCUGAUGAACGAUAGCUCGUGCUGGCCCAGCAAAUCGUAUGGACAACAGCACUUCACUGAUGAUGAGCUGGAAAGAAAGGGUAACGUUGUGUUAACUGCCCAAGUAGUCGAGCCCGACCCACUGCUCCUACGAUACUCCUCAUUCAGAACGUUGGUUCAUGUAACUGCAUAUUGCAUGCGAUUUUGCCACAUUGCGCGUGGUAAAGAACAACGCGAAACGAUCAAUCUCUCUGUGGAUGAGAUUCAAAAUGCUAAAAUCGUUUUAGUAAAGAUGGUACAGCGACAAGUAUUUCCCGAUGAACUACGACAACUGCGUAAGAAACAAAAGCUUGCUGGUGGAUCCCACUCAAGCUACUCCAUCCAUUCAUUGACAAGGAUGGUGUCAUACGUGUUGGUGGCAGACUUGGACAUGCCGAUGUGCCAUUCUGUGUGA